UCUGGUUACCCGAGAGGGGGAGUGAGGAAGGUGGGAGUCAAUCAUUUUGACAAGUCUCCUGAAAAGAACAGCUAGCAGGAGCUGAACCCUUUUUCCAUUUGGUCUCGUGGCAAAGGCAGAGAUCACACCAGCAGCUCCACACAAUAUGCCGUGCUCACUAGUGCCCUCUGAACAGUCUUCUGGUACCUCUCUUUUGCCUAAAGACAAUGCCCCAUUUUCUUGGGAUUCCUUGGAUGAGGACGGAUUGGAUGACUCCUUGCUGGAGCUGUCUGAUGGGGAAGAUGACGGCCAUUUCAGUUUCACGGAGGAAGAGAUUCAGGAACUCUUGAAGGAUGAUGACCUAUCAAAUGAGCACUUUUCUUGGGGAGGAGGCUUGCCUAACCAUGACAGCAGGAAUGUUGAGAAGGGAGGGAAAGGGAGUCAAAUUCCACUUGCUACUCCCCAAGAGAAAAAUUCAUUGUACAGCUUGGGACCAGAAGCUGAGACCACUAGCCUCUUCAAACUACCUCAACUAAAUACAUCAGUUGGUCAUGGACCAACUCCUCCUAAACCAUUGAACAGACGCUUUGCACUAGAAAAGAAUCUUAUAAAAGUUACAGUUGCACCAUUUGAUCCAACAGUUUGUAAUGUUGUACUUGAUAAGGACAAGACUGAUACAUCCAAAGUUACUGAAAAACCCUCCUCCCUUGGAGAAGAGAUGAGAGAAGAUGGUCUUAGCCUAAAUGAGAGCACAAUUUGCACAGAAUCUGAAGGGAUCAGCCUCAGUAACUCUGCCUAUGAUGGGUCCCCACUCCCUUUUUCAAACAGUAACUUUCAACAAACUGUCUCUGAUAAAAAUAUGUCUGACAGUAAGAAACCUACACCUGUAUUCUCUCAGAUCUUGGACCAUUCAGAAACUCCUAAUACAGGGUCAGCCUGGAGAAAUGGAUCACAUAAAUCAAGUUUUGAAAUGAGGUUUCCGGUUGUUUCCAGUUCAUCAAACAAAGAUGUUCUUGACAAGGAUUCUGGGAAGCUGAAGGUCCAUGAAAAAAGACUAGGCAAAGUCAUUCCUGUUCUGCAAACCAAAACAAGGACUAAUAUUCCGACGUUUUCACCAUCAGAUCUAGAAAAGCAGAAGCAAAGUUAUCUCAGGAAUGUCAUUGCUCAUAUAGAAGACCCAGUGGACUCUAACCAAGGUACCUUGGGGGAGCUGUGUGCCUUGAUGGGUCAAGUUCAUCACAUGCAGAACCCAAAAUGGCAGCAUCCUUCGGACCUCACCAGGCGAAACUACGCCCGGUUCCGACAGAAGUCUCUGCAAAGAUACAGUCUGACUCAGUGGGUUGACCAGAACAUGCGAAGCCACCAUCGGUUCCAGCGUCUACCAGAUUUCCCGUACAGUCCAUUUGUCUCCUCCCAUCAGCAGUGAAGGUCCCUAUCCAGGGUCCUGUCCAGAGCAGCGUCUCAUCUUCUGCUGUUUUGUGCUUUGUAGAUUUUGAAAUUUAUUUUUCACAACAUUUUAAUUUAAAGAACUCGUCACCUUUUGGAAAUGCCCAUUGCUGACUUGAAAUUUUUUGUAUAAGGUCCUUCCUGUUUAUGUGUGUGUAUGCAUUUAAGCAGUGUUGAGUUGAUAAUAGUUUUAAUUUUUUAAUUUAAAUUGAAGGUGGCUGCCGCCUGAAAGCCGGCAUUAAGUCAAAACACCCAGGAUCAAGCAAAACACCCACCUCUAUGCAGAGGUGAAGUCUACUUCUGGUGCCCAAAAGAAAUCAUCUUUUAAUCUCCUAUGAGGAAGAGAUUCUUUAUCAGGCUGCAAGCCAGUGUUAAUUAUUGCUGAUGACUUAUAAAUGGAUACAAGUCACUUUUAACAACGCCUCUUACCUUUUUUAUUUGAAUCUCCGAAUACCUGUCAGUAUUUUAAAGUUGGUAAUCCAGGACAUCUGAAGUAGUUGAAAGGACAAAUUAGAAGUGUAAAUCUUUUCUUCUUUUUGUACCUAC